AUGGCAGAAUCUAUAUCUAGCUUCUGGGGUCCAGUCACAUCCACGAAAGAGUGUUGUGAAAUAAACUAUGCCUAUUCAUCUUACAUUGCUGAAUUUUAUAACACAGUAUCCAAUAUUCCAACAGUACUUUUGGCUCUGAUUGGUCUUAUAAAUGCAUUAAGACAGCGGUUUGAGAAAAGAUUUAGUGUUCUUCAUGUAUCAAACAUGACACUUGCCAUUGGAAGCAUGUUGUACCAUGCCUCGCUGCAGCGUGUGCAACAGCAGAGUGAUGAAACUCCUAUGGUAUGGGAGGUGCUGCUGUACAUGUACAUCCUCUACUCUCCAGAUUGGCAUUAUCGCAGUACAAUGCCCAUCUUCCUCUUCGUGUAUGGUGCUCUUUUUGCCAUUGCUCAUUCAGUGUUGCAUUUUGGUAUUGGCUUCAAGGUGCAUUAUAUCAUUCUCAUUCUUCUCUGCAUUCCAAGAAUGUACAAGUAUUACAUUUACACUCAAGAUGCUUCUGCCAAGCGGCUUGCAAAGCUAUUUGUAGCUACUUUUCUAUUCGGCAGUUUGUUUGGGUUCUGUGAUCGUGUUUUCUGCAAAGAGAUUUCAAGUUGGCCAAUUAACCCUCAGGGUCAUGCUUUGUGGCAUGUAUUUAUGGGUUUCAAUUCCUACUUUGCCAACACAUUCUUGAUGUUUUGCCGGGCUCAGCAGCGUGGGUGGUCUCCAAAAGUUCGUCAUUUAAUGGGUGUAUUACCUUAUGUGAAGAUUGAGAAACCAAAAAGCCAGUGA